AUGAGUCGCCAGUUCAAUCACUAUCCCAGUGGGGACCGCAUUGGCUUCAGUGGUUGCUCAGCUAUCAUUUCAAGUCGGCUUAGCAGCAGUUCAACCUCCUUCCGAGGUGGGGUGAAGGGAGUAGGGGCAGCAGCCUUUGGCAGCAAAAGUCUUUACAGCCUGUGUGGCAACCGUCGCAUUUCCAUCAGUGCCACGACAGGGGCAUCCCGGACUGGGAGCUAUGCCCUUGGCCAUGGGGCUGGCUUUGGGGGAGGCAGGGUGAGUGGGUUUGUGGGAACAAUAUUCGGAAAUGCUGGGCUUGGACCUGCGUGUCCUUCGGUGUGUCCUCCCGGAGGCAUCCCCCAGGUGACCAUCAACAAGAGCCUCCUUGCCCCGCUCAAUGUGGAGUUGGACCCUGAGAUUCAGAAAGUGAGGACCCAGGAACGUGAGCAGAUCAAGGCACUCAACAACAAGUUUGCCUCUUUCAUUGACAAGGUGCGUUUUCUGGAGCAACAAAACCAGGUGUUGGAAACUAAGUGGAACCUACUGCAGCAGCUGGACCUGAGCAACUGCAAGAGGAAUCUAGAACCCAUUUAUGAAGGCUACAUCAGCAAACUUCGGAGACAGCUGGAGACACUGUCAGGAGAUAGGGUGAGACUGGACUCUGAGCUUAGGAACAUGCAGGAUUUGGUGGAGGACUUCAAGAAGAGAUAUGAGGUGGAGAUCAAUAAACGAACAGCUGCUGAGAAUGAGUUUGUGGUGCUCAAGAAGGAUGUAGAUGCAGCCUACAUGAACAAAAUAGAGCUCCAAGCCAAGGUGGAUGCCGUAACUGAUGAGAUCAAAUUCCUUAAGUGCCUGUAUGAAGGGGAGGUUGCCCAGAUCCAGUCCCAUAUUAGUGACACAUCUGUCAUCCUCUCCAUGGACAAUAAUCGAGACCUGGACCUGGACAGCAUCAUUGAUGAGAUCAAAACCCAGUAUGAAGAGACUGCCAUGAGAAGCAAGACUGAGGCUGAGGCCCUUUAUCAGAGCAAGAUCCAGGAACUACAAGUCACAGCUGGACGGCAUGGUGAUGACCUUAAACUUACCAAGGCUGAGAUCUCAGAACUUAAUCGACUGAUCCAGAGACUUCGUUCAGAGAUUGGGAGCGUGAAGAAACAGUGCGCCAAUCUGGAAACAGCUAUCGCGGAUGCUGAGCAGCGGGGUGACUGUUCUCUGAAGGACGCCAGAGCCAAGCUGGAUGAGUUGGAGAGCGCCUUACACUGCUCCAAGGAGGAGCUGGCCCGCCUAUUGCGGGACUAUCAAGAGCUGAUGAGCGUCAAGCUGGCUUUGGACAUGGAGAUCGCUACCUACAGGAAGUUACUGGAGGGGGAGGAGUGCAGAAUGUCUGGUGAAUAUCCCAAUUCUGUGAGCAUCUCGGUCAUCAGCAGCACCAACACUGGACCAGGAGGCACGGGCUUCAGUGUGGGCUUUGGAACCUCGAGCACUUACAGCUAUAAGCCAGGAACUACUGACAUCAAAACCAAGGGCAGCUGUGGAAGUGACUACAAAGAGCCGAUGACCAAGGGUGGCAGCUCUCCAGCCAAAAAGGGCUCCAGAUAAGGGCUGAGCAGUCUAGUGUCCUAGUUCAGAAUAUGUGCAAGGAAUCUUUGGGCCCCUGCUGCUACCCAGCAACCCCCUGUUGGGCUCCCAGGUCAGGAAGUUCUCUUUGCUCUCAAAAGGCCUGAUUGGUUCCCUCUCUUGACAUUCUCUGUAUCUUCCGGGAGGGGGAUCCAGCCCAGCCUAGAUGUGGACUCUGAUUACUACUGCUCCUCUGUGGGCCAUCUUCACAGGGCCACAGACUCAAGAAUGGCUGGCAUCUCUAUGUAACUUUAAUGCUUGCAAAGUGCUUUAUAGACAUUUUUUGUCUUUAGCCUCACAACAGUACUAUGGAAUAUUAUAGAUACUCUCAUCUAAAUGAAGAAACUGAGGCUCAGAGAAGUAAUUUACUCCUCCUGUGAAGUAGGUGAUAUUAUCCCUCCCUCCAGCCCCAUUUUACAGAUGAGGAAACUACUAUCUAGGAUGGUUAAAUGACUUGCUCCCCCAGGAUUAUGCAACUAGUAUUUUUACUCAGGUCAUCUUGACUCCAAUCCAGCAGUCUAUUUACUAUGCCCCACCUAACUGCCUACACAUUAUGGUCAUACAACUAAAUGGCAAGGGCACGCCCCAAACCAGGGUUAGUAUCCCAUUCAUUCUACUUUGCUGCCUCUCAAAGUACAAAGGAUUUACAUGUUCUGGAUGCUGCUCAGCCCCUCCAGCCAUCAUAUCUCCCGAUACCUCAGCCCCCAGCCCCAAUCCCUAUAUACAUAGAAUUGCCAGCUUUAGAUUGCCAAAGAGAACUCUUGCCAUGGGCUGUCCAUAUGCUUGUCCUGAUGCUGUGUCUGUUGUCUAACUAUGGUUGAUCAUUGUCAGUUUUCUGCUGCCUCCCAAAUAAAUGUUAUAUGCUA